CUGUACAAACCCGCCCAAUUCCAGUUUCCUCUUCUAUUUCGCCCCUACCACAGGAUUUCUAUGCUAUUUGCUUGCUUUCCACCACCCACUCGGUCCCGGUCCUCUUCCCAUUCCUUCUCCACCGUUUUGACAUUACGUUCGUGUACCUCUGCAAACACCCCCCAAAAGUCAAAACCCAGGCCGUCCUCAACCUCUUCGCGUCGACGUCGUUUUAGGCAUCUGCGCCGAGGGUUAUUUUUAUUAUCACUUGCUGUCAAGUCAGUUGAGUGAUAAUCCGAGGGCUUAAAUUCUGUUGUUUGAUCGCAUCGGUGGCCCGUAUUUUCACGAAUCUCGAUCAGGCCUGCACUGUAUGCAAUUGACUUUGACGACAACGGCCAUUUAGCGGCUCGACCACCGCCCAUCGGCCUCAACGACAAUCUCGGGAACUUUCGAGCUGUUCAUCCUCCGAUCGAUGGUUUCCCGACAGCGAAACCCCGUGUACGAUCUCAAUAAUCACGGCGAGCCCUCGUCGCUCAGGCCCUCGUCGCCAUGGCUGUCAUAACUCCUGAACUCGUUUCUGAGGGCAUUAGGCUCAUUGUUCGGCAGGUCACGUCCUCAGACUCGCCUUCACCAACCUCUACACCAUCGUCGACAUCGAGCAAUCCAUCUCCUACCGAUUCGGGCAAUCCAGGACAGGGACCACCGGGUAACGGCAGCCCUGGUGGUAAUAACAACGGCAAUGGCAGCAACGGGAGCUCGCCAUUACUGUUUUUCGUCGCACUUGGAUUCGGAGUGGUGUUCACGAACCUAUGGAUCAUCGUCGGUGUCAAGUACUGCUUCCGGUACAACGCCCGUAAUCGCGCAAUGCGUGUGAACGAGGAUGGCGAACCUAUUACCCUGGAAAAUAUGCCGCGCCCUCAUCGGCGUCGGCGUGAAAAGAAGCUCAUGACCAUGGACGAGGUCAAUGAAAAGUUUCCGAUGCAAAAGUACAAAAGCUGGGUCGCCUCCAGAGCCCAAGAAGGACUGCCUACGCGCGGUGGCGUCUCUGCUCCACCGAGCAGGGCGAACAGCGUACGGUCUGUAGAGGGUGUUGUGCCUGUCGACAAGGAAAGACACAGCAGCGAUCAUGAUCGGCCGACGACUAGUACGAGUGUACCCGCUCGUGGCGAUAACAAUGAAAAUGAGAAGUUGGCAAUGGCAAACGAGGCGAAGGAGAGCAGUUCUGGAAGCGGGACAACCGAUCCCAAAGAUGCCAUGGGAUCUGCACCACAAACGAACGGCACAGAGUCGAAGACGGACAGGAGGCAGUCGCAUGACCAAGCCUCCGACGAGGAAGAGGACGACCACAUUACCGCUGCCAUCCCACCAGAACUGCUCGAAUCAUCUGGAGACACCUGCGCAAUCUGCAUAGAUACCUUGGAAGACGAUGACGACGUUCGCGGUUUGACAUGUGGACAUGCCUUUCACGCAGUUUGCGUCGAUCCUUGGCUGACGUCGCGACGGGCUUGCUGCCCAUUGUGCAAAGCCGACUACUAUACACCAAAACCACGCCCAGUCGUGGAAGGUGCUGAGGGCGUCGGUGCAACGGGCGUGGUCACUGUGGUACUUCCCGACCAGAAUGGCAGGAGGAUGAACAUGCCAAGUCGACCAAGUAACACUUGGACUUCGUUCAUGACGAGGCGAACAAACACAGGCGGGCAGCAGGUGCAGCAGCAACCUCAAACCGCAUCUGCCGGUUCCGACUCGGGCAGACCUGGGCUGUUCACCCGUUUAAGGGCACAGCGCAACGACGGUCCCCCGACUAUGAGUGGCGCUGCCCAAGUGCAUGCGCCAUCCCAAAAUGAUCCAUCGAGCAACAAUGGCGGUUUCUUUGGACGAUUUAGAAGACAGCCUGCUUCCGGGGCGGCACAACCAGCGACGUCAGGCGUUUCAGCAGAGAUGACCACUCCGUCUCAGCUUGAGGCGGGAACGCAGAACGUUGCCGCCAGGUGAUGAGCGUGGUACUUUUUUUUUGAAGAAUCUCGACUUCACUCUGCAUCCUGAAGUGCGGGUUCGUCCCGGGAAGAAUCUUUGGGCUAUCCAGAUACGAAUUCGUACACAACUACAAACACACAAAUGUAUAUUUGCACCUAGACUCCAACUCUCUGGGGCCAUCUAUUUCCAUAUUCUCUCCUUUAAGCGAUAUGUUUGCCGCGAAACUUGAUUUUCGUCAUCCCCGCACAUUUGUUUUCCUCUAUUUGUCUUUUGCAUAGCAACGAAGGGAGGUUUAUUAGUUAGUGAUUCGGUCCUUUCCCAAUCGAAGUGUGCCUCGUUGUCACUAAACUUUUGCGUUGAUGUUUUCUUUCACGUUACCGAGGUCCCCAAAAUUUUGCCUUUUUUUCCAUCUCGUCUUGAAGUUCGCUCUCGCAUAACAUGCUCUGGGCUCAAUCAGCACGUGGUAUUGUUUGUGCUGCCCUAUUACAUAGCUAGUGUUGACAAGGAGAGACCCUGCCUGAUUGCCCGUCAACAACUACCAGGCUGUGUUCAAGGCAAGGGGAGGCAGAGGCCAUGAGAGACAGGUAGGCUCGGGAGCAAAAUUUCAGGAAGGCUUUGUAGAUUUGUUGUCUUUUUUGAAGACGUUGAAAGAAUAGUGCCAAUUAGAUCAAGGCC